AUCCGUUUGGGAUUCAGCCAUCCAAACUUAUAAGGUGAAGUAACAGAAGUUUUAGCAGUGGUUAUGUUUGAAACUCGUUUCGUUUGGCGUUUUUAAUGUCACAAAUGAAGUGUUAAAACGUGGCGUAUAUAAGUUCUUUUAAAAAGCCACGGGUUUAUGGUAGUUAUGUAACUUAGCUACCACAGUGCCACAGGGUUUAUUUUUAUCCCAGUUAUAAACUACGACAGGAAAUUUCGAAGCAGCUAGCAAAUGCGCGUGCCAGUUGAUUAGCUUGUCCGGGUUAUUCACGUAUUUUAAAAAGUGUUAAAUUUUCCUCAGACAUAACAUGGCAGGACCCGAGCUGCUGUUGGACUCCAGUAUCCGUGUGUGGGUCGUGUUGCCGAUUGUCUUUAUCACAUUUUUAGUCGGGGUUUUGCGGCAUUAUGUCACCAAACUCAUCCAGAGUGAUAAGAAAGUGGAGCUGGAACAGGUGUCUGACAGCCAAGUAUUAAUGCGCAGCCGCGUCCUGAGAGAGAACGGCAAGUACAUUCCCAAACAGUCCUUCGCCAUGCGUAAGCACUAUUUCAACAACUCAGAAACUGGAUUCUUCAAGAAGGUCAAGAGAAAAGUGGUUCCUAAAAAUCCCAUGACUGAUACCAGCAUGAUGACUGACAUGAUGAAAGGAAACCUCACCAACGUCUUACCCAUGAUUUUAAUCGGUGGAUGGAUCAACUGGGCUUUCUCUGGAUUUGUCACUACUAAGGUUCCCUUUCCACUGACUCUGAGGUUUAAGCCCAUGCUGCAGAGGGGGAUUGAACUGGUGUCAUUGGAUGCAUCAUGGGUCAGUUCAGCCUCGUGGUACUUCCUCAAUGUGUUUGGCCUGCGGAGCAUGUACUCGCUCAUACUCGGACAGGACAACGCUGCUGAUCAGUCCAGAAUUAUGCAGGAACAGAUGACCGGUGCAGCCAUGGCCAUGCCACCGGACCCCAACAAAGCCUUCAAGAGCGAAUGGGAGGCUUUGGAAAUCGUCGAGCACAAGUGGGCCCUGGAGAACGUUGAAGAGGAACUCAUGUCCCGAGAUCUGAAUUUUCGAGGCCUCUUCAGCCAGAACCGAGAAGGAAAAAUAUUCUGAUUGGAAUAAAUGUACACUGACUGAUGAGCAAUCAUUAAGUGUUUCAGCAGCUCAGAACUGGAAGAGAAGUGGCUCGUACUUUAAGUGAUGCCAAAAAGUAAGACAGAAGUAAUCAUGGGGUCUUUUGUGAAGUCUUGCGUAUGUUGUUUUUGAUAUCAGUGUGUCUUAAGUAUUUUUUUGUGUACUGAUGGUGUAUUAUACCUCAACUUCCAUGUUGCCUUAAUUCAUUUCACUAUUAUAUACAGUAUUAUGUUUCAGUUUCUAAAGAAAUUUGUUCUCUAAUGGGAAAUUGAAUGUAGCAAGUAGGCUGGCUGUCACGUAGGAUGAACUCAAUAAACGCUGCACAGCACCCUUCAGUGAUCUGAAAAUGAAUUUGUUUUCUGAAUCCGAGUAAGUGAAGUCACAGCAGGUGCAUCUGGUUCACCGCAUGCAGAGUUCCUGCGCUGAUUAAAAUGGAUAUGAAUCACAGCUUUGUUACACGGGGAAACAUUUACGUCUCGCAGGUUUAUGAAUCAUCAUAUUACAAGCAACCAUCUUUAUUUAUAGUCUGUUUCCAUAUAGAAAAGUUUCUGAUAGUAAAACAAGUUCAUAUUCGACCGGGUUUACAAACCCAGUACAUCAUGGUGAGGUUUGAGAUUUAAAGAACAGCAGCAUGGUUUUAGGAUACUGCAUUUUUUUUAUUCGAUUGACUGCAUGUUUGACAAUUUUGCCAGUUAGAAAAAACGUACUCGGAUCAGCUGAGACAUUUUUGCUGUCCGAAAUUUGCUUCUUUACAUUUUGCACUAGAGAUACGAGGCUCACAAUUCAACCAACAUUUUGAAUAUUUAAUAAAGUUUAAUGGAUGAAAUACACCCAUCAGGUGUAACAUUAUGAGCAGUGGGAGGUGAAGGGAAUAACACUGAUGAUCUCCUCAUCAUGGCACCUGUUAGUGGGUGGGAUAUAUUAGGCAGCAAGUCAACAUUUUGUCCUCAAAGUUGAUGUGUUGGAAGCAGGAAAAAUGGACAAGCGUAAGGAUUUGAGCGAGUUUGAUGAAGGGCCAAAUUGUGAUGGCUAGACCACUGGAUCAGAGCAUCUCCAAAACUGCAGCUCUUGUGGGGUGUUCCCGGUCUGCAGUGGUCAGUAUCUAUCAAAAGUGGUCCAAGGAAGGAACAGUGGUGAACCGGCGACAGGGUCAUGGGCGGCCGAGGCUCAUUGAUGCACAUGAGGAGCGAAGGCUGGCCCGUGUGAUCCGAUCCAACAGACGAGCUACUGUUGCUCAAACUGCUGAAGAGGUUAAUGCUGGUUCUUAUAGAAAGGUGUCAGAAUACACAGUGCAGGACAGUUUGCUGUGUUUUGCCAGCAAAAUGGGGAUAUUAGGCUUUGGUCAUAAUGUUAUACCUGGUCGGUGAAUGUUUCCAAGCCAAAUGCAACCAUGUAUAAAUUUAGUUUGGAUUCAAAAUGUACUUUACAAUAUUACAAGCAUGCCCCCCCCAUCCCCUUUAAAAGAACUUUAAGAAAUUUAG